GAGCUGCGCAUGCGCGGUGGCCUCUUCUCUUCCGGGCUGCUCGAGGGGCACUGGGUUAAAGGUGAACAGCGGGAGUACAAAAAACACUCAUCCAAACGUUUGAGUUUUGUCUUACGAGGAGCCUGUCGACAAACGUUCUGAAGUGUGACUCACUGAGCUAAAGUACUGUGUGUGUGUGUGUGUGUGUGUGUGUGUGUGUGUGUGUGUGUGUGUGUGUGUGUGUGUGUGUGUGUGUGUGUGUGUGUGUGUGUGUGUGUGUGUGUGUGUGUGUGUGUGUGUGUGUGUGUGUGUGUGUGUGUGUGUGUGUGUGUGUGUGUGUGUGUGUGUGUGUGUGUGUGUGUGUGUGUGUGUGUUACAGACACAAUAGGAAAAAAUGGCAAGCCAUUUGCUAGAGCCACAGCAUGAGAGGACCUUUCAGUACCAACGCAGCCUGCCUGCUCUGCCUGUCCCCACACUAGAGGGCAGCCUCUCCAAAUACCUGGAUGCAGUUCGUCCAUUUUCAACUGACGAGGAGUUUCAAACGACGGUGGAUAUUGUGCGGAUGUUUCAAGAGGGUCUUGGCAAAGAGCUGCACCAGAAACUACUCCAGAGAGCCAAGACCAGGAGGAACUGGCUGGAAGAAUGGUGGUUAGACACUGCGUACCUGGAGGUGCGCAUCCCCUCUCAGCUUCACGUGAACUUUGUUGGCCCGGCUCCCUAUUUGGAGCACUGCUGGCCCCCAGGAGAAGGAACUCAACUGGAGAGGGCCAGCGUUAACAUCUGGCACACGCUACAGUAUUGGAACCUCAUUUACAAGGAGAAGAUGGUCCCUCAGAAAGCUGGUAAGAUGGUGUUGGAUAUGGACCAGUUUAGAAGGCUCUUCUGCACUUGCAAAGUACCCGGAGUUAAGAAGGACACCAUCUACAACUAUUUCAAGACCGAGCGAGAGGGCCGCUGCCCGUCACACCUGGUGGUGAUGUGUCACGGACGGAUCUUCACGUUUGAUGCGCUUUGUGACGGGGAAAUCCUCACACCACCGGAACUCCUCAGGCAGCUGAGCUAUGUGAAAGAGCGCUGUGAGAGACAGCCAGCUGGCGAUGGAGUUGCUGCUCUUACCUCUGAUGAAAGGACUCGAUGGGCAAAGGCCAGGGAUCAUCUCAUUCGCAUUGAUCCCCACAAUGAAAGCAUCCUUGAGACCAUCCAGAGCAGCCUCUUCCUUAUAUCUCUGGAUGAUGCCAAACCCUACUCAUCUGCAGAGAAUUACACAAAUCUUGCAGUGGAAGCGCUUACUGGAGACCCCACCAUUCGCUGGGGAGACAAAUCCUACAACUCACUCGUGUUCGCCGACGGUACUUUUGGAGCCAAUUGUGAUCAUGCACCAUAUGACGCGAUGGUCCUGGUGUCCAUGUGUUGGUAUGUUGACCAGCAACUCAAAGCUACAGAGGGCAAGUGGAAGGGCUCGGACAGAGUAAGACCCAUGCCUUUACCUGAAGAGCUUGUUUUUACCGUGGACCAAAAGGUCCUCAGUGACAUCAGCCACGCCAAACUCCAAUAUAUAGAGACGGCACAGGACCUCCAGAUUGUGUGUCACGCCUUCACAGGGUUUGGAAAAUCAGAAAUCAAAAAGAAGAAUCUACACCCUGAUACCUUUGUUCAGCUGGCCAUGCAACUGAGCUACUGCCGCAUGCACAAAAAAGCAGGGAGUUGCUAUGAAACAGCAAUGACCCGCAGGUUCUACCACGGCAGGACCGAGACAAUGCGGCCUUGCACGAGUGAGGCAGUCAGCUGGUGUAAAGCCAUGAUGGACCCCACCCGCGAGAUUCAUGACAAGAGGAAAGCUAUGCUUCAAGCCUUCAAUAAACACAAUAAGCUGAUGACAGAAGGCCAAGAGGGCAAUGGUUUUGACAGGCAUCUUCUUGGACUCUAUCUCCUUGCCAAGGAGGCGGGACAUCCCACUCCAGCUCUUUACACCGAUCCCCUCUACGCAAAGAGUGGAGGUGGCGGGAACUUUGUGCUAUCAUCCAGUAUGGUGGGAUACACUUCAGUCAUGGGGGCUGCUGCUCCUAUGGUUCAUCAUGGCUAUGGCUUCUUCUACCGCAUCAACGAUGACAGGAUCGUGAUCGCCAUCACAGCAUGGAAAUCUUACCGUCAGACAGAUGCUGCAACGUUGUUCAACAACUUCUCCAACUCAAUGCAUGACAUGUUUCACCUGGCGACCACAUCUCAACUUUAAAAAUUCACACCAAGAGACAGAGGAGCUUCCCAUUAGGUGCCUCCCAUUGAUUCAUCUGCUCUUUUUCCACAAUGUGAAUGCACAGUAGAGCGUUUGCUUUCAGCACCAAUCAAUGCAACUAUUGAGAAUGAUUAAUUUUUUUAUGUGCAAGUUGUUUUUUUGUGUCAAGUCUCGCUUACCCCAGGCUCCCAUGCACCUUUAGGCACGGUGGUAGUCCUGACCAGCUCUCCAUUUAAGGGGUAAAAGCUCCCCGUUGUCCCUACGUAUUACACAGUGGACCGUAACCGGCGACGGGAGCUUGCUUAAGCCGCUGGCGGCAGAGAUUCACCUAGGUUCUCACAGCCAUUUGUGAAGCGUCGGUCCCGCUUACGUUAGGCUGCACUUCAACAGAGUAACCUUGGCAGAUGUUGGAUGAAACUCUAACCACGCUUCUUUAAAGCUGCUCUCCCCCUUUAGACUUGUUACAUUUGGAAUGACCUAGUAUAAUUAGAUGGUCUUGGUACAACAGUCAGGACCUGUUAUUUAAAUUCUAGCCGAAAAAAACUUUCAAUAUUUAUAAGCUGUGUCGAUAAUGUUAUGUCUGCUAACAUGAAUAACACUGCGCUUAUUAUUCUUAAAAUAAAAAGAAGGGACAUUUUUCCAUAAUCAGAAAAAGACACUUUAAUGAAUCGUAUUCGGCAAGGGGAAAAGCAUCAAAUAAUAAAAUUCACAAAAAGGAGCUGUAUAUGAAACAUCUACUCACUCAUAAAUGAGAUCAAAUAUUUCAAGCCGAUCCUCUGAGAUGAAAACCAAAAGUCCAAAAACAUCAGUUCAAGGAAAAAGUUGGUAACAUUCUAAGUCUCUUUCAAUUGUAAAUGAAAACAGUCCAAAAUGUGAAAUUCCAAAACAUUAAAAUGAAAUGCAAAUAAAAAUAGUAAUAUCUAAUUCCAAAUAGGAAUAUUCGAUUGAUCAAGUCGAGCAUUCCUCCGACGAGCUUGUUCUUCAAAAUUGUAUUAUUAGAUAGGGGUUAUGAGGAGAAAGGUCAAGGGCUCUUGUAUCUGAGGCUAUAGCAUAACUGCUCUAUUUGUCUUCAUCUAAUCUUAGCUAGAAAAAAACAUUUGGCAAUCUUUUUAGAAGCUGUCUCUAAUCAUCCUGCAUCUUACACAAAGAUAGAUGGGAGAAUAAGAACUUCCGUUGUACUUCAGAUGCUGGCCGACGGCAAAGAGCGCUAAAAGCAGAGGUUUUUUACUUAUAAAGGACUGCUGUCCUUAAGGGUCUGAUUCACCCUCUUGGCUUAUUUGGCCAAAAGGAGGAUGUCAGAACCAGUUCACUCAAUUUUAGGUCCUUUGUCAAAAAUGUCACUUCUGAACUGCACUUUAACUGUUUAUUCCAGUUUUACUUCCCCAUUUUAGCGAGAACAUUUUACCAUCGCUUUACCAUCACAGCGUUUCCCGUGUGUUACUAUGGAGAUAACUUGCAAUAACUUAUUAGCCAACACACUCUCCUGCUCUGCGGGGUAAAAACUCACAUCUGAUCAAUCUUUUCUAAAAUGGUCCAUGUAUGCAUAACGUAUUCAUAUAUCGUCACCCAUACAACAUGACACAAAGUACUCAAUAUAUAGCAUUUCAUUGUCAAUUCCCACUUGUACAACCCCAAUUCCAAUGAAGUUGGGAUGUUGUGUUAAACAUGAAUAAAAACAGAAUACAAUGAUUUGCAAAUCAUGUUCGUCCUAUAUUUAAUUGAAUACACUACAAAGACAAGAUAUUUAAUGUUCAAACUGAUAAACUCUAUUGUUUUUAGCAAAUAAUCAUUAACUUAUGGCUGCAAUACGUUCCAAAAAAAGCUGGGACAGGGUCAUGUUUACAACUGUGUUACAUCACCUUUUCUUUUAACAACAUUCAAUAAACGUUUGGGAACUGAGGACACUAAUUGUUGAAGCUUUGUAGGUGGAAUUCUUUCCCAUUCUUGCUUGAUGUACAGCUUUAGCUGUUCAACAGUCUGGGGUCUCUGUUGUCUUAUUUGAGCUAAUUUCCUUGAAUAGUGGCCAGAGGCCUUCAUUUACUCAACUGCACAGAGUAACGGGCAUUUAUUAGAGGUAAGGCAUUUACUGUAUUACAGAAUAGGACUUUAUUCGUACAAAUGCACUUUUAUCACAACAUGAAAUCCAAGUUUAAUCAUAGUAUGUGUAAUAUCAUUUCCCCCCACAAAUAAUGCUACUUAAAAUAGAUUGUGUAUUACUUGUACUGUAUAUUAAAUAUAUAUGAUUGGA